AGCUUCACCACUGAAGCAUGUCAUAACAGUAAGAAGCAGUGUUUUAGUUCGAAAAACAGAGCCACCCAUUUCCCCACUAGGAAACAGCCCGUAACAUGUGUAUGCUUUCUUCUUCUUCUUCUUCAGAGGAAUCUCAAUGUACCAAAAACCCAGAACUCAACUCAAACCCACAUCUCUCUCUUCUCUCUUCACCCCAAAAUGCCUUCUCAAUCAGAAACUCCUUCUCCUCCCAUCCUGGAAGCCCAACAAAACCUACAAGCCCCUCACCAUCUUGGCCUCCUUCCCUCCCGGGCCCACCUCCGGCCCGGCCCAAACCCUAAUCUCGCUCCUCCGCUCCAUCCCGGACUGGGCCGACGCCGUGCAGGAGCGCGGCAUGCAGAAGAAGCGCGCCCUCUACACCCACCAGAACUGGCGCGACCACCGCAGCUCCCUCCGCCACCUCCGCCACGUCUUCUCCAGCCUCUCCUCCCGCGUCAUCCUCUCCCUCGUCCCUCCCGUUCUCUUCUUCACCGCCUUCGCCGCCACCAUCGCCGCCUACAACGAGGCCCUCCUCCUCCACCUCCUCCCGGACUUCCUCCCCCUCCUCCGCGCCUCCUCCCUCCCCUACCAGCUCACCGCCCCGGCCCUCGCCCUCCUCCUCGUCUUCCGCACCGAGGCCUCCUACUCCCGCUUCGUCGAGGGGAAAAAGGCCUGGACCAUCGUCAUCGCCGGAACCCACGAUUUCGCCAGACAAGUUGCCGCCGUCGUCGUCGACGACGACGGCGGCAACUUCGCCAUCAAGCACGCGCUCUUACACUACAUCAUUGCCUUCCCCAUUGCGCUUAAGUGCCACGUGCUGUAUGGUUCGGAUGUUAGGAGUGAUCUUCAGCAUUUGCUAGAAGUGGAUGAUCUGGCGGUGGUCAUGAAUUCGAAGCACCGGCCUCGCUGCAUUAUUGAGUUUAUAUCGCAGAGCAUCCGUUUACUGAAAUUGGAGGAGUCUAGAAGAAAUGCCCUGGAAUCAAAGAUGACUUGUUUCCAUGAAGGUAUUGGCAUAUGUGACCAACUUAUGGGUAUUCCCAUUCCAUUGGCAUAUACUCGGUUGACCUCUAGGUUUCUUGUCUUGUGGCAUUUGACACUCCCUAUCAUACUUUGGGAUGAUUGCCAUUGGAUUGUGGUUCCUGCUACCUUUAUUAGCGCCGCCUCUUUGUUUUGCAUUGAAGAAGUUGGAGUUCUCAUAGAGGAGCCGUUUGCAACACUUGCACUUGAUGAUCUCUGCCAAAAGGCACAGAAAGAUAUCCGAGAAGCAAUUGCUACCGGAAAUUUAAUUCAUGCACGCCUUGUUGCAAAGCAAAAUAGCCACUCUGAAGAGCAUUCACCGAAUGGCUGGCCUAACUCCUAGAUGAAAGGGAACUUUACUAUGAAUGUCUUCAAUUUUUGCCCUUGAGGGGGCUCUGUACUUGGUACUUGUUUAGCCUAGUUAAUUGUAGUUAGGAAUUAUAUCAUGUAGUCACUAAUGAUAAUUGUGCUACACUUGCACCAGCUUGACAAAGUCUAUACCUCAAAUUUUCUGGUGCUUUUGGAAUGUAUGUUAGUCACGAACUGGGUCUGUAUAUAUCAUAACUUCAUAAUUCAUAAUUAUGUACGUAUAAGGUCAUCAAUUCAAACCUUUAAUUUUAUAGGCCAUCCUUUUACUUUCAGAAGAACCAGAGGUUCUAAUUGGCAUUUGCUUUCUCUACGGCAUGUACAUAAGAAAUUGUUGAAUGAAUCAGGAGAGGAUCUUUUCUCCUAAAGUCCGGUUCUA